UUGACAAAAAAGUCAUACUUUAGUAUGUGAUCCAAAAUUUGACUAAAAAGGCACUAAUGCCUGGUACCAGGCACAUGUCACAUGUCACAUGACGUCACCAUGGUAACAUUAUUAAGGGAUAAUGUCAUCUCCACAUUCAGUUUUUAUUUUAGUUUCAGGCCCUGGUGAUUAUUAGACUUUGUUGCUUAGGUUUUAUGGCACAUGUUGUUGUCCAAAGUUAAACUUGCACACAAUGAUCCAAACGGAGUGGACACUUCCUGUUUUUCCAUGGGUCAAAGCCGCGCCGAUGCUUCCUGUUUUUGUUUGUCCAAUCAUGGCGUCCACUCCAUCCAAUCAGAAAGCAGCUCUCAGCCCACAUCCUGUGUUUGUUUGUCCCCUCCUCAGAACACCACAGACAGCUCUUCCAACUCCUCCCAGAAGCUGGAGGGCUCGCUACAGCCGCUCGAGUCCUCGCCUCUUCCGCAGAGACACAAGUGUGUGAUGGGACAUCGCCAUGACCUCCAUGACCCCUACCGGCUCUCAGACCACUUCUUCUUGGACCAGCCGUUGUCUCGGCUUACCCGCCACGUCACUUUCCAGGAGGACGAGGAAAUUGUCCGUAUCAACCCCCGAGAGCGCAGUUGGGAGCGAACCACAGAGCAUCGCCUCGGACGGCAGUCAGAUCGCCCCUGGCUCCGGGGCUAUGAGGACUACCGCCACGCCACUGUGCGUGACAAGUUCAUCCAAAUGGAAGACUCGGAGUCCUAUGUCCACUUUGCUAAGACUGAUGCACAGAAGCACGACUACACCUACCCUCUGGCACCGGCCCUGUCGCCCUCAGACUCUGACCCUGCCCUCGGACCCUUGACCAAUAAGGGCCACGGCGGCUCCUAUCGACACGGCUUCUCCUCGGUUGUCUCCACACAGCCCCGCUCUUUCCUCCCCAGCUCCUCGCCAUCCACCAAUGGCGGGAAGGGGCGGAAAGAGGGAGGCAUGGAGCGCGCACAGUGCGAGCACUGUGGCGAGGCAUUCUACGUCGCCGACAACCGGAGAGGCCGGUGCCAGGAUGCUCCGGACCCUGUGCGGGCGUGCAUUCGGCGGGUCAGCUGCAUGUGGCUGGCGGACACCAUGCUUUACCAUUGCAUGUCUGACCCAGAGGGGGACUACUCAGACCCGUGCUCCUGUGAUGGAGGCGAGGGCAGUGGGGGAGGGCGGCUCGGUACACGCUGGUUAGCUCUGCUGGGCUUGUCUCUGGUGGCGCCCUGCCUCUGCCUCUAUCCGCCCCUCCAUGCUUGCCACCGGGCGGGGCUCACGUGUGGGUGCUGCGGAGGCCGACACAAGGCCCUGAGCUGAGCCGCCGUGCUUGAAAAUAAAUAAACAAUCUAAACCCAACGCAAGCACAGGGAAAGGGAAGGAUGGGGGAAAUGCACAAGAGGACAAGUUGUCAUGGCUGCUCGCUCUCUGCCUUGGUUUCUCUGGGUUUCUCUACAAAUUCCAGACACUGAAAUAAGCCAAAUAAAUACUUGGUGCAUUUUCUGAACGGCCUGGGAAGAUAAGCUCCCCCUUACGGCAGAAAGUUCUCUCACCUCUCUUCACGUGGCCAUUUCACGCUCUGUUUCUAGUGAGAGAGCACUCUUUUUUUCAGGGGGCCUUUUUUUUUUAUAGCUGACCUAUAUGUCAUGUAUCGCAUAUGCAGGUACUUUAUACUUUGUACACUGACUUGGCGUCAAAGAACUUGAAUUGUUUCUUUAUUCUAUUUUCUUUUCUCUCUCCUUUCGAUGUAUGCGUGGCCAUUUUGUUUAUAUUCUAUUCCAAUAUCAGGCCACCUCAACUCAACUCCAGCUACCAGAGAAAUCGGACACUACACCUCUUUAUAUGUGCAAGUAUAUGUAAGUGUGUGUGUGUGUGUGUGUGUGUGUGUGUGUGUGUGAAUGGUGUAUGUACAUGCAUACAAGUGUGCGCUGAGGCCUUUUGUUGUCUGUGCUGCAGCUUAUAGUUAAGCUCAUGUAUAUAGUCCACAUAGCUCUCCGCCAUCGACAUCUUCUUUGUUUACUGAAACAAACGUGGUACUCCAUCUUAAUCAUCUUCUAAUAUCCCAAAGAUUAAUUUUUAUCCUAUUUAUUUUCUCACUGAACUGAUCCACCAGCAAAAAAAAGAAAAGUAGUGCUGGUGUGUGUGUGUGUGUGUGUGUGUGCGCGCGCGUGAUAUACUCACUGAAAGAGAUGGUGCCUCGAGUCAUGCUACACUACUCUCUCUCUCUCCCUGCUCCUUUCAUGUUAUUUCAAACAGUGCCUAAACUAUCACCGAAAUCAGGAACUCCAAAUUCCAGUCAGGUUUUUUUUGUUUUUAUUUUUGCUCGUUUUAUUUACCGUACACUUGAAGCAGAGUGAGAUUUUUAAGGCUCUUAUUUCCUCCGAAGUCCAUUUCACAUCGAGGACAUUAGCAUUGGCUCAUGUGGAGAUCCAUGUAAACGCCUGUCUUGCCUUAAGAUUUGGGGCCUGGCUCCAAGAAUCCCCCCCCACACACACCACCCCCGAAGAUGUCUGCUCGAACGAAUAGCGCGAGCACUGUCAAGGCUCCAAGCAAUCAGUCUCAUCGUGUACACUUAGAAACUUGGUUUAAAGUAUUUUUGUAAUGAAAAGGAAGUGUAACGCAACGGUUCCCAUCGAGCAUGUAGACUACGGACUCCAGUUUGCCUGCGACGUACAAUCAGUUCCCACCGGUCACAUUUGUGGCACCUUAAGUCUGAAAAAAACUGAUAUUUGAAUGAGUGAAAUCAGCUCCUACUGCAUCUAAAUCUACUCUGAACAUGUAAAACACGCUGUUCGCUCUCUAUAGAGAACUCAAUUUACACUUGUUCCUAUUAUGUUAAGUCAUUAUAAGACAUUACGGAUGUGCAAAACUCAGCAUUACACUUUUGUUUUGAACCAUUUUCCAAUGCCAUAAGACUUUUCUGGUGUUAAAGGAAUAGUUUGACAUUUUAGAAAAUGACUCCUCUCCUAAAGAGAGAGAAUUAAUACCACUCAUGUGCGCAUUAAAUAAAUAAGUUAGUUCAGCAUAGCAUAGCUCUGUGUACAGUGACGGGCUAGAAAAUGUACACGGGAAGUGUUUUUGUUUUUAUACUUGUGUUGUUUUUUAGUCUCGCUCCUACUGCACUCUCAAACUAUUCCUUUAAAGAAAUAUUUUACUGCAAAUAUGCAUCCACGGCUGAUGUCUGUUGCCAAGUGGCAGAUCAUUAUUAUUAUUAUUAUUAUGAUUAUCAUUAUUAACAGUAUCAGAUCACUUCAGAAUCCCAACAGUUAAAACUCAAGCUCUUAAAGGAAAAUCAAACCUCAGUGUUGCCUAAAGUUGCCGUGACAGCGCGGCUGACCAAUCGCGCCCUCGCGGUGACGGCACUACACUGAAGUGACAGCAGGUGCUCUAAGCUUCGUCGAUGCCUGGUUGAGGCUAUCUUUUUUGGGGAGGGGGAUGUGACUGGGAACACAAUAAGCUUUCUGAAAAUAAAUAUGAAAUAAAUAAAGGCAGGACGUCAGUCAGGUCCUUUGAUGAAAGACUGGGAGUAAAAAAAAAAAAAUCCUGGACACAAACAUCCAUCCCUGAUUGUUUUGCCAAGGAAAUGUCACUUACUUACUGUAGUUGAAAUACAGAAUGCUUGAGGAUGUCCUUCCUUCCCUGGUUGUGUCUGUUUCAUACAUCCUGUCCUGUGCGUGUGUGUGUGUGUGCGUGUGCGUGUGCGUGUGCGUGCACACGCGCCACAUCCCUUUCCUUGAUCCAAAGCUACUGGGAUCAGCUGAAUCUGCAAUCACAUACUAACACCUAUCCAUGUAUAAUUACACCCUUCAGUGAUGUGAUGCAUCAGGAACAGGGCAAAUCAGAUUGUAAAAUGUGUGUCUGUGUGUGUCUGUGUGUGUGUAGACAUGCCAUCUUUUCUCUGUCUCGUCUGAGUGUGUCCUCACAUGUCAGAGCCAUUUACAAGUGCCUGAACGCAUCCUCUUUUAUCUCCUCGUGUAUUUAAAUUGAAAAGAAAAACUAAAAGAAACAACUCCCUGUCAUGAAUUAGACCCAUUUUUUUACGCUUAGUAUUUUUACCUCUGUAAAAAAAAAGAGCAAAAAUUAUAUUAUAUAUAUCAAGUGUAUGUUGUACAUUUUUGUUUUUGUUUUUUUGUUUGUUUUUUUAAAAAAUAACUGUUUCUAACAUGUACGAUGGAUGUAGCUCACGCUUUUCGAGAAGGAACAGGAAGUACUUUGUAGAUACUGACGGGUGGCCAGGUCUGUGAGAAAACUAAAGUGAAAUGUGUGUCUUUCCGCCUCCAAUAAAAUGAGAGAAAACAGUGAAA